CGAGCGCAACAUUUUGAUCCAACAUCAUCCAACUUUGUUGUCACAAAAUGUUGGCCCCGUUUGACCACCCUUUUUUAUAAUGUUGCAUGAUGUUGGACAAUGUUGCAUGGAAUUUGAUUGUAGUCAAAUUUUUAUCCAACAAAUUAUGCUAAUUUUGCAUGUUGCGAUCGUUUGACCUGGCGUUAGCAACAAUGUUGGUCAUACGCAUGCGCAAUAUACGUUUAGCUUGAUAAUAAACAUGGCGGACGAAAUAGCAAACUUAAGUGACGAAGAAGUAAUUGUAGAAGAAUAUAAUACCAAAAAGAAAAAAGCAGUUAGAAAGUGGACCACGAAUGAGACCAACACCUUGAUUGACUUGUUCGAAGAAAGACCUUGUCUGUGGGACAUAUUUCAAAAGGACUACCACUGCCGAGAUGUAAAGGAACUAGCUUACGAGGAAAUGAAGAAUAUAUUGGGGAUUAGCGUGAAAGAUAUUAAAGCUAGACUUGUUUCACUAAGGGCGCAACUUGGCCGAGAAAUCGCGAAAACAAACAAAACGAAAUCUGGUCAAAGUUCGAGUCAGAACUAUUCAUCGUCGUGGGCUUAUUGGGACCGAUUACAAUUCCUUCGUCCGGUUAUGAACGCUGGCAAAAGUAAAGACAACCUUUCAAAGCAUUCAUCUUCAAAUAUAUCUCCUCGUCUUGAUUCUGUUGAUGAUGAGAUGGAUACAGGAUUGGAUUCGGAGUCGGUUUCAUCCAAAUCAUCACGUGGCAGUUAUAAAACACCCACUAGGAUACGAGCUGAAGCAGAAGAAAAGAAGAGAGACCUUAUUACUACUUGCAUUGACGUUUUAAAAGAGCCAAUGCCUGCUUCAAAUAGUGUUAAUCAGUGUCCAUUUUCAAUGUAUGUGGCAGAGAAGUUAUCAAAAUUUCCACCAAGAACCAGAAUAGUUGCUGAAAAACGCAUCACAGAUAUAAUUUUUGAGCUGGAAAUAAAUGAAAUGAAUAGUUCGACAUCCCAUCCAACACUUUUUUAUUCAAAUCAUACAAAUGCAAAUCAAAACAUUGGUCAGCAAUUCACAGAAGAACGUCCGUAUGAAAUGCAGUUAAAUCCACAAGUGACUACAGAAACUGAAAUCCGCAUUCCAUUUUUAAGAAAUGCUGUGCAAUAUUAAGGAAGCUUUCUAUGUAUAGCAAAUAAUAAGUUCCAUGUUUAGUAUUCUACUGUUGCUAUUGUUGUAAUUGAGGAUGACAGAAUGAGGUAGAAAAAUUUUGUAUUUUACUUAAAAUAGAUGUGUUAUUUUUAAAAAAAUAGACAGCUUGCAACAUUUUCAUCAACUUCAUAUCACCUUUGUAUAGUGACUAAAAUUUACUUAGUUUUGUUUUGCAAAAUUGCAUGAAAUUGAGUUUGUUGAUGAAUUA